UUCUGUUUGUAAAUGAUUUGGAAAUUAUGGCAUAUACUGAUGCUAUACCAAAUUCAUGCAAAUAAAGCAAAUGUCUGUAAUUUUUCAUAUGUUGGCAAGAUAGCCUGUUAUAUUGACUCUUGGUGGUCGUUUAAAGUUUUAGCUUAUUAGUCAUCAUUUUCACUAGGUAAUGUUUUUGGAAGAAGAACAGAGAAGCAUAUAAGGAAGAAAAGAGAAACAUUUGUUGUAGCAGUGACAUACCAAAUUUCAUUUUGUGAAGUAUUUGAAAUCCUGUGUUAUGACUUUUUUAAUGUUUUCUUCUAUUGCCACUCAUUUAAAAUAUCUUAAAUGUAGGAUUGAUUUGCUUAGCUAUCUUUCCUGAAAUAACUGUUCUUGAAACCAAUACAUUUCUUUUUGUUGUUGUUGUUUGUUUGGGGGGUAAUAGGUUUACAUAUUUAUGUUUUAAUGGAGGUGCUGGGGAUUGAACCCAGGACCUUGUGCAUGCUGAGCAUGCGCUCUACCACUGAGCUACACCCUCCUCCCUGAUCAUUCAUACCUUUGAUUUUCUGCAGGAUAGCUGAUUUUUUUAAUAGGAGCUCUUUAUUUAUUAGGGAGAAAAGCCGUUUGUGAUAUGAAUUGGAAGUACUUUCCUCACUUAUGUUUUUUGGGUUUUUAAAAUCUUUGACUUUGUUCAUGUUUUUUUCUUUUAUCAUGAAGAAUUUAAAAAUUUUUUAUCAUGAAAUUUGUCUGUCUUUUAUGACUUCUGCAUCUUGUGACACCCUUAAACUUUCCCUAGUCCAAGAUUAUAAAAACAAAAUUCUCCCAUGUGUUUUUCUAGUACUUUAAGGCUCUCCUCCCUCCCCCACAUUUAACUCUUAGAUGCAUCUGGAAUUUGGUUUUGUGUUAGACGUGAAGUCUGAGUCUGCCUUCUUUUCUUUAGACAGCUAAAGUCUUACCCCCACUGAUUUGAAAUGUCACUUUUUAUACUGUGUCCUCUUGAUUAAGGAUAGUAAGAGCAAUUUUAAAUAUUAACUUUAAUUUUGUUAGAGUGGUACUCAGGUGUCUAGGGUAGUGAUUUCUGAUCUCUCAGCGUGCCUGUCAGGAUCCUGUACGAACCACAGCCCCCUUCUCUCCCUGACAUAAUCCUGCUGCCGUAAGCUGCUACUACUGAGGGGAUGUGUCUUGCUCAAGUGUUUUGGGCCAAGAAGUAGUUUUAAACCACUGAUCCAGGAAUUUCCCCUUGGGGGGGCCUCAUCUUUCACACAGCCUUAUAAAUGUCACCUGUGGCCAGAGAGCCACCUCGUAAAUCCAAGGUUGUCACUUUAAUGAGAAAAGAGCCUCAACAAGAGUUCAGAAGUAAAGGGAGAAUCUUUCCAAAGAAAACUAAGCUCUUCACUUUUAAGUCAUUAGUUUCUGAUCCUCAGGUUGUUUUCCCACUUUAGAAUCGUAGUCGAUUUCUACAACUUUACAUUGGUAGAUUUCCUUUGGUGGGCCGUGUGUCCUCCUGGGGAAAAGACCUGCACACUUGGGUGGUAUUAUGACUGUCUGGCACGAUGAAGAGCUGGGGUGGAAGGAUAAGAGUCAUCUUGCCUAAUGUAAAACUGUUUAGUCAAAAAAGGGUGUGGCCAUUUAAAAAGUAGAAUUCUCAGGGUACCACUGACUAUAAUGGCUCGUCGAGUUCUACGCAAGUGGGACUGGAGGAGGAGGCCUGUCUGGUAGACUGAUGCCACUGGGUAGGGCUCGUGCGCCCAAGGAGCGUUCUGCCAAGUGUUUGAGCCACCUGGUUUGAUUUGGGGAGGGAUGUGCAAUGGCUUUUCAUUUCAUCCAAUAUUAUAAAAUUGUUCUUUUACUUGGGCUAUUCAAAGGGUAGCUUGUCACUUUGAACUUUGAGGUAGCAAAUGUGCUCUGUGCUUUGAAGUCCUGGUGGCAGUAACACCUCAGAGGAGGGACUGGUGCUAACUUCCUCUCUCAGUUUGCGUGUUAACCCUUGGGCAUCUCGUCCACUGGAGGAGUUAGGUGCAGAUGUAAAAUAGGGAGCAAAGCUGGGACAGUCAUGAAAGGGUUUUUCUUUGAUGUAAGCUGUUUUUCACAUAUGCUUUUAUUAAUUAGUUUGUUCUGGAGACUGUUAGACACUUAAAAAAUAAAUUUACAAAGGAUACAGUGGAGCUCCAUUUAACUGGCCAUGUUGAAGUAAAGAAAUAAUAUCCCCUUUAUUUAUAGGCUUAAUUAUAUGUUACUGUUGGCUAAUAUAGUCCAUGUGAUUAUGAUGUCUGGGAGACAGGCCUGGGGUACCGUUAUGAGCAACAGCUAAUGCAAUUCUACAUAUUAAAUACUAGGAUUUAAGGGAAGACCCUCACACAGAUUCUACAUAUCUACUUAGUGGUCAUUUUCCUCUUUUUUCCUUCCUGUUCCAUUUCCACUCAAAAGUCAUGUUGGUAGAGUCAUGCUGGCAUGCCCCUGCGUAACUCAGUAUCUGAGUCCUGGAAACGAAUUUCACUUACCAGCUGCCCCUUUUAGCUUUGGCCAGGGAUGUUACACUUGAUAAGCUUUCCCCACUCUUAACUUCCUCCUGCCUCACCCAUCAUCUUCCUUUCCACUGACUGUCCAUUCAGAUGAGUUGUAACCAUCGGAUCAUUCAGCAACUGAACCAAUUCACCCACCAAUGGGAAGGUCCCACAUUGGGGGAUACUUACCCCUUCCAGACCCUUCCUGAGGAAAACAAGUUUCCUUCCGUGUGGCAGGAGUAAAUUUUAUAUUUGUUUGGCCUUGUGACUGAUAGGAUGGGAAGUUGGGGGACGAUUGGAGAGGAGAUGGCUGCUUUAACCGAGAAAAAACACUUAGUAGAAACUCUGCCUCUGCCUUCUUCGGGUGUGUCCCUCUUCUGGGCAUCUCUUCAGGAUUUCAUUCCUCCGUCCAACUGCCGUUCACAACUGCCCUUUCCAACGGCUCCAGAACUCUUGGCCUUGGCAUUCCGUGAUGUAAAUUAUUCCACGCAUGGCUCGAAAUGGGUGCGAAGCAGUGUUGCCAGGUGUCGGAUCACUAGUUUGUCAUGGAUGAUGAUGAUGACUCGUGUCUCCUUGAUCUUAUUGGAGACCCACAAGCAUUGAACUAUUUUCUACAUGGACCUAGUAACAAAUCGAGCAAUGAGGACCUGACUAAUACAGGAUAUUCUGCAGCCAAUUCAAAUUCAAUUUUUGCCAACUCUAGUAAUGCUGAUCCUAAGUCAUCCCUCAAAGCUGUAAGCAGCCAGCUUGGAGAAGGGCCCAGUGAUGGACUGCCACUUUCAAGUAGCCUUCAGUUUCUCGAAGAUGAACUUGAGUCUUCUCCUCUUCCUGAUCUCAGUGAGGACCAACCUUUCGACAUUCUUCAGAAAUCCUUGCAAGAGGCCAAUAUCACUGAACAAACAUUGGCAGAAGAGGCAUAUUUGGACGCCAGUAUAGGUUCAAGCCAACAGUUUGCACAAGCUCAGCUUCAUCCCUCUUCAUCAGCAUCCUUUACUCAGGCUUCUAAUGUUUCUAAUUACUCAGGUCAGACGCUGCAGCCUAUAGGGGUGACUCAUGUGCCUGUUGGAGCAUCGUUUGCAAGCAAUACAGUGGGUGUGCACCAUGGCUUUAUGCACCACGUGGGGAUCAGUGUGCCCAGCCAGCAUUUGUCUAACAGCAGUCAGAUUAGUGGUUCUGGUCAAAUACAGUUAAUUGGGUCAUUUGGUAAUCAACCUUCCAUGAUGACUAUUAAUAACCUAGAUGGAUCUCAAAUCAUAUUAAAGGGCAGUGGGCAACAGCCCCCAUCAAAUGUGAGUGGAGGGCUCCUGGUUCACAGACAGACUCCUAACGGCAACUCCUUGUUUGGGAACUCCAGUUCCAGUCCAGUAGCACAGCCUGUUACCGUUCCAUUUAACAGCACAAAUUUUCAAACGUCUUUACCUGUGCAUAACAUCAUCAUACAAAGGGGUCUUGCACCAAAUUCAAAUAAAGUCCCGAUUAAUAUCCAGCCAAAGCCUAUCCAGAUGGGUCAGCAAAACACAUACAAUGUGAACAAUUUGGGAAUACAGCAGCACCACGUUCAACAAGGGAUCUCUUUCGCCUCUGCAAGCUCACCCCAGGGCUCGGUGGUUGGUCCGCACAUGUCAGUGAACAUUGUCAACCAACAGAACACAAGGAAACCAGUCACGUCACAGGCAGUGAGCAGCGCGGGGGGCAGCAUCGUUAUUCAUUCUCCCAUGGGCCAGCCUCACACACCCCAAAGUCAGUUCCUUAUACCUACAAGCCUUUCCGUCAGUUCCAACUCGGUACACCACGUCCAGACCAUAAAUGGGCAACUUCUUCAGACUCAACCCUCUCAGCUCAUUUCUGGCCAGGUGGCCUCAGAGCAUGUCAUGUUGAACAGAAACUCCUCCAACAUGCUCAGGACCAACCAACCGUAUUCUGGACAGAUGCUUAACAACCAGAACACCGCCGUCCAGUUAGUGUCUGGGCAGACAUUCGCUGCCUCUGGAAGUCCAGUGAUAGUCAAUCACGCCUCUCCUCAGAUUGUUGGUGGACAGAUGCCCUUGCAGCAGGCGUCACCGACCGUAUUGCACCUGUCCCCUGGGCAGAGCAGCGUCUCCCAAGGAAGACCGGGCUUCACCACCAUGCCCUCAGUGACGAGCAUGUCAGGACCUAGUCGGUUCCCUGUGGUCAGCUCCUCCAGCACUGCCCAUCCUAGUCUCGGGUCUGCGGUUCAGUCUGGUGCAACAGGAUCAAACUUUACGGGAGAUCAGCUGACCCAGCCAAACAGGACUCCAGUACCGGUCAGUGUGUCUCAUCGUCUUCCAGUUCCUUCUUCCAAAUCUACCAGCACCUUCAGCACCACACCCGGGGUGGGAGCCCAGCAGCAGUUCUUCUGUCAGGCUCAGAAAAAAAGUUUGAAUCAGACAUCCCCCAUUUCUGCUCCCAAGACAGCAGAUGGCCUGAGGCAAGCACCCAUCCCCGGCCUCCUGAGCACCACACUGCCAGGGCAGGAUUCUGGAAGCAAAGUUAUACCGGCGUCCUUAGGAACGGCACAGCCACAGCAGGAAAAAGGAGUUGGAUCAUCUCCUGGCCAGCCAGCUGUGCAGGUGGAUAGUCAUUCGGGAGGACAGAAGAGGCCUGCUGCAAAACAGCUAACGAAAGGAGCUUUCAUUCUCCAGCAGUUACAGAGGGACCAAGCCUACGCUGUGACACCUGACAAAAGUCACUUCCGCUCACUGAGUGACGCGGUGCAGAGGCUGCUCUCCUACCACGUGUGCCAGGGCUCCAUGCCCUCGGAGGAAGACCUGAAGAAAGUUGACAAUGAAUUUGAAACAGUUGCCACUCAGCUCCUAAAAAGGACCCAAGCUAUGCUUAACAAGUACAGAUGCCUGCUCCUGGAAGACGCCAUGCGGAUCAAUCCCUCUGCUGAGAUGGUGAUGAUCGAUAGAAUGUUUAACCAGGAAGAAAGAGCUUCUCUGUCCCGGGACAAGCGUCUGGCACUUGUAGACCCUGAGGGUUUUCAGGCUGAUUUCUGUUGUUCCUUCAAAUUUGAUAAGGCUGCUCAUGAGACGCAGUUUGGCCGGAGUGACCAGCAUGGCUGUAAAACAACCAGCUCUGUGCAUCUGACGGCUAAGGCCCAGGGUAGAGACCGAGCCAAACCAGGCCAGGCAGAACCAACGAAUCAUGACCAGUUUCAUCUAGUGCCUAAUCACAUCGUGGUCUCUGCAGAAGGAAACACUUCUAAAAAAACCGAAUGCCUCGGUAGAGCACCAAAAUUUGACAAAAUGGGCUUAGUUCAGUACCGGAGUGCAUCCGAAGACAAAACCAGCCGGAGAGACUCAGUGAAAGGUGGCGAGUGCUCUCCUGGCCCCGAAGGGCACCGGAAGAACUCGUCCAGACCUGAUCAUGGUCCUGAGAGCAAACUCUCAAGCAUCCUAGUGGAUUCUCACCUGGAGAUGACGUGUAACAGCUCCUUCCAGGACAAGACUCUGAGGAGUUCUCCAAAGAAUGAAGUUUUACACACAGACAUCAUGAAAGGGUCUGGUGAGCCCCAGCCUGACCUCCAGCUCACUAAGAGUUUAGAAACAACUUUUAAGAAUAUCUUGGAACUCAAAAAGGCUGGGCGGCAGCCCCAAAGUGACCCCACGGUUAGCGGCUCUGUUGAGUUAGAUUUCCCCAAUUUUUCUCCAAUGGCUUCGCAGGAAAACUGCCUGGAAAAGUUCAUCCCGGACCACAAUGAAGGCGUUGUAGAAACUGAUUCCAUUUUAGAAGCAGCUGUAAAUAGUAUCCUAGAGUGUUAGUAGCCACAGGCCCCCUGCCCCGCCCCGAGACCCCGCCCCGGACAAGUUACAUCCUUUCCUGGCAAAAGCAAUGGAAACGGUCUCCUGUCUCCAGCCUGCUUGAUCUUUCAUCACAGGUUAUUCUUUCUAAUCUCAAUCCCAUUCUUUGUUUAAGAGCAAUACUCGUCGUGGUUACAGGGAAAUCCUCUAGUAAAACUGAUCCUUGUUAGAAAGCAGUCUGAUAGGCCCUACACAUUUCAAGUGUUUUGAAAGUGCUUAGUCAUUUUUUAAAAUUUGUUUUAUUUAAAAAACAAAAAAACACUGUAACUCAAUGAGAUCACAGUACACUUGACCCUGGGUAAAAUUCUGACAAUCAUAAGUCAUUUGAAAAGAACAGACUUACUAAAGAAAAUCAAACAGGACUGGUAGAAGACACUUUUUAAAGAGUAUCCCACUGCAUCUCCAAAUUUUGGCUUUGGGGGGCUUUGGGGUUGUCGUUGGCCAGGAGACCGUGCGGCUCUCCCCCGGCCGUCCCUGAGCAGAUAGUCCUGGCUCCGCGGGGCCCCGCAGCCCCAGUGCGAGCACCCGUAGCGCACGAGCCCGGCUCUGCAGGGCUUCCUUGUUCAUCGUUCAAGUGCUUUUCUGACGCUCCUGGAGCAAAACUCACCUCUUCAGCACACCCGCAUCGAAUUUCAUCUAGGGAAUACUUGGUUCUGAGUUGUGACAGCAUGACCUGAGGUAAUUUCACCAGGCUACAAAAAGGAAAAUGGAAACCGGUGAAUUGGCGCGUGUACGGGGGAGGCCGGGCUAGAGCCCUGAGGGAUCGAAUGUGUAUAUAUGUAAAAGCAUACAUAUGUCAACUAUUGAGAAAAACCAAGCGUUUUGCAUUCUGUAAUUGGAUCUAGUCAACAUACGAUGUAUGUUUUUGUUGGUUUGCUGGGUUUGUUUCAUUUUACCUCUCUUUGCACCCUCUCCCACUACAAAUAGCCAAGCGUCAAAAGCACUUUCAUUUGAAAACUAUGUUGUAAUUUCUUAUCUUAAACUGUAAGGGGACUUUGGCCUUGUUUCCGCUUCUUGUUGUCUGAGAACAGUAGUCACUCCCGGCAGCAAUCAUUACCAAAACACAGACAAACCAAAGGUAACCAGGCAGCCCACCACUGAGAGGAAAGAUCUGAGACACGGGAUUCCCACUCGAGAUCCAAAGGACAAGCCCUGUCAUUGUUUGUGUUUGGCCCAUGUUCAUGAUCGUGAGCGUGACUUACUGCUUUAUUUAUUUAUAUUUCUUUUCAGGGAGCUUUCCCCAUUUUCCUUUCUUGUAUACCUGCCCCAGGUCAUCCCAUUUCUGUGGUCACUUUCAUUCUCAACGUCAUGGUAACCAUCAGUAUCUCCUAGCACUGGGAAAGCUACAUACGGUAUUUUAUAUGUAGCCUCGUACACACCUGUGUGCACGUGCUGAGCUGCUCAGACCCAGAGGUCGUUUUGGCUGCAGUGUGUGCACACUCACUCUCCCUCUCGUGUGCAUGGGCUCUCGUGUAUUCUGUCCAUCUCCACUGGUCUUCACUGUAACACGUUGCCAAGAUCUGCGUAUGGUCUUCCCCAGAAUAGGGAGGACCCCAUUGUCAUCAUACUGGGUAUUCUUUUCCAGAUUGGCCUGCAAAAGAAAGGAAUGCUUCUGAUUACUAGAAAAUACAGCAACAGAAGACCUAGACUCUCCCUGCCCCUUUGUGCCGCCCCCUUCCCACCCCAGACACACACACAGAGAAACCCUGUGAGACAGCUAGUCUUCACAAAAGCAAAAUACCUUCUCCCCACUCCUAGCCCCAAACCAACAGAAAUUGGAAAAUCUGGGCCAUUUUACGGUUGCCAUGUUUUCCUUAUUUGUGCCAAUGUCCAAGUUGCAGAUUUCCCCUUUUUCUGUAUUGUAACAUGUUAGAAAGAUAAGUUGGUAUUGCCAGUUGGAACUUUCUGUCUGGGCAGCCCUAGGGUAACACCCUGCCCUGAACCUCAUGAUUUCAUAGGCUCUUCUUCUCUUAGGGCUCAUGCUCCCCUAAUCCCUAGCAAGACUUAAAGGUGGUCCCUCCUGAUCAUAUUCUUCUCUUUGUGGAAAUUUAUACCUAGAGCCUUCACAGAGGCUACUGAUGAGUUACAUUAAUUCCUGAAUCAGUGGAAUUCUUAAGAGACAAGACAAGCUUCAUGUACACUUGUCACCUCUCUUUCUGCCCUGCCCCCCGUCCCAGCUUCUCAAUAUACCAUCUUAAAGGGUUUUUUUAAGCCCUGACAUUGUCUAGCAAAUGGAGAGCCUAAUUUACCAAAAUGAAACUUGUAAAUUUUUGUGUCCUUGUAUGUAAGUUUACUUUUUAUGGAGGAAAGAUUCUAGAUAAUGACAAAUGAAGAUUACAAAAUGUAUUUUACUCCUGUGAUUAGGUCAUAACUCGCAUGUCGAGUCCCCUCUGGUGAAGGGUAAGAGCCCAGCCUCCAAUGGCCAGCGUUCAAUUGUCCAGGUUCAUUAGUCAAGGUUAAGUUUUAGUACUCAGUAACAAAAUCAUUUUCUUUUCUUUCUUUUUUUUUUCUGUUGUUGUUGUGGAAAAGUGUGAACUUGUUAUUAAGCAUUUGAUUUUCUGUGUCCUUAAGUACUGCCUAAAGAUAAAGCAAAUUUUAAACUGGCAAUUACGAAAAAGAACUAUUUUAGCUCUGAAGAAUUUAGUAGACUUUGUUAGAUUAGGGAGGCCUUACAGACUGACUUGACUUAAAAGAGGACGCGUCACUCACUGUUAGUGUGGUGUGGGCUUUAUUUGCUUAAAUACCUUCAUUUGUAUAGUAUGUCUCACUUGAAAUUGCUUUGUAUACAUUUUGUAAAAAUAUUUAUAAAAUGUUUUGUAAAAAAAAAAAAGUAUAACAAAUUGCAGUUUAUUUUGUUAUGUUGGAUAAAUACUGUUAAAAGAAACCAGUCAGUAACUAUAUUGUUAAUCCAUGGUUAGGAAAUGUUUAGUUGGAGAUUACAAAAUGAAACAACCAUUGCAAUACAGCCAAAGAUUUGGGAAAAUG